GUCACUGCGUUGGAACUGGUGGCGGGAGAUCGCGGAGCGAUGGCGGAGGAACCGGAUCAGGAGGGUUCGGACGCCGGCAGUGAGGAGGUCUUGCUGACUCCGGCUCAGCUCAUCCGCAGCCUGGAACAGGCCUGGAUGAAUGAGAAGUUUGCCCCGGAAUUGUUGGAGAGCAAGUCAGAAAUUGUUGAGUGUGUUGUGGAGCAGCUGGAACACAUGGAGGAGAAUCUGAAACGUGCCAAGGGAGGUGAUCUGAAAGUCGGCAUUCACCGCAUGGAGGUCGAGAGGAUCCGCUACAUCCUCAGCAGCUAUUUGCGCUGCCGGCUCCGGAAGAUUGAGAAGUAUUUCCCUCAUGUCUUGGAGAAAGAGAAGACUCGGGCCGAGGGGGACCCAUCCAUCUUGUCCCCGGAAGAGUUUGCCUUUGCUAAAGAGUAA